GGGACAGCACCGUACGGUACAUACCUUACCUUACGUAUUCGGCCAUGCGUGGAAGUCGAAUGCUAGUCGCUAUAAGCCUUAAAAAUUAUAGUGCCCUCAGGCAGGCGCGCGUUGAACGAGUAACAGUGGAGGCAGGAAUCAAAAGCGGUGAAGCGGCAAAAUCUCGGCCCCCAAACCAUGUCUGACUGGCGCGCUGCGCCUGCCAGGGCAGUCUAGAACAGCAGUCCCGUGUACAGCAGCAUCUUCGGGCAACGGCAAUACAGGGCGCUCGCGCACGACCGCCGUCAAGUUCGAGCAAGAUGUUGUAUGAAGUUAUUGGCAUGGUCCGCCAGGGCAACCUCAACGAGGUCAAAGAACUCGUCUUGAUAGCCGGCAAGACGGUUCUCCAGCAAGGCGGCGUCAUCCGCGACAUCAAGAAUUGGGGCACCUUCAUGCUGCCGAGUUCCGCCAGCUUGAACCAGGUCCGCCACACCCGCGCUCACUAUUUUCUCAUGCGCUACGACGCCAGCACCAAAACCCACAGAGAAGUGUACAGGGAGCUCGCUCGUGACCCGCGCGUCAUCCGCGCCACCGGCGUCACCCUCGGAAACAACAAGCUCGAGACCCUGAGCAAGUUUGGCCCCAUGAACUGGCGCCGCAUGGAUUAAGAGCUCGUAGGAGGACAAGACACGAUUCCCACCGCGCAGGUGGCCCGUUACAGAAAAUCGAUGGCUUAGGUUUGGGACAAAUGCUGCUGCGGCUGUGGUAGGCCAACAGCAGGCAUACAUAUCUACAUGAAGAAACGAGUGGAGGGAGUGUUCUGGAGGCAUCCUCGCCACGGACCCAUUCCAAGAAACAACGCAGAUAGGCGAAGAAAUGUGGAAGGGCGGUGGGGGGCAUGAUAGCCCUCACCUGUUAGCCCGCAAAACUCUUGGAGCCGG